AUGUCCUCGACAAACCCUCGUCUCCGUCAGCGACUACUGCAGGACAUUGAGGAGUUGUGUAGCAAGCCAUAUCCUAACAUUACGCUACACGUACACGAUGACGAUCUCACUCGCCUCUGUCUGGUUAUCUCACCUCCGGCAUGGCAGCCGAUGCAUCUUUCGGUUCAGUGUCCUCCCACCUAUCCCUUGACGGCACCAGUCAUCAGGAUGGACUCCAGUGUUGUCCAUCCAAACGUGUUCGGGAGCUACAUCUGCGCGACAAUACUGAACACAGACGAUGGAUAUACACCGGCAUAUACGCUCAAGGCCAUUGCAAUUCAGAUGCUAAGUUUCUUUGGCAGUGACUUCAUUGAGCAGGAUCACGGUGGUGCAGCGGUCAACAUUGAUGAAUAUCGGUCCUUUGCCAGAGCACAUGAGUCCUCCAGAGGCAUGUUUACGUGUAAAGCAUGUCAAUUUGGCCAGCAAGUCCAACCGCCUUUGGGGAGAAGAGAGGUGCCUGGUGCUGUCUACGUCAGUCCUUCAAAGUCCAGAAGCCGGCGGCGGCGACGGAACGCUAGCCUCACUUCUGGAAGCAGCCAGUCCAAUGCCAGUCCAAGUUGUGAUCGUGGGACUCAUUGCUACAUCAGGAGUUCUCCGAACGAGAUCAUCUUGCAAAUCCUGGAACAACUCACCGAAUUUGAAGAUCUUAUCAAUCUUGCUCGGGCAUGGCCUCGCGUCAGCCAAAUUAUCACGCAAUUCGACGUUAUACGCCAAAGAGAGAUGCAGUGCUUCACUCUCAAAAAGAGCUACCAUGAGGUCAACCUUGGUGUUGGCGUCUCCUCUGGAAGCGAUCUCGCCUCUGAGUUUGACUUCUUGUCGCGAGAGGCCUUUGCGGAGCUGAACGUGCGCUAUUCGAUUCAUCACAUUCGUUUUGAUUGGUGGCUUCCGCUCCCCAUCUCACGCAACCAUUGGCAUCGAGUCAGGCAGGAUGCUCACGAGAGUAUACAGAAGCUGAAGUCAUCCUCAUGCAUCAAAUACCAACAGCCCACAGAUGCCCAAGUGCUCUAUCAGUUCAUGACAGACAUUGUUGUCAAGCUCAACAACGUCAAGAUUAAUCGAAGAUAUCAUUAUGCCUCCACAGGCACUCUGAAGCACGCAUCAGACAAGGCGAUCGAGUCCUACUUUCACCUUUUCCACCUUCUUGUGUGUCUGGCCACGGAGGAUGGAAGCAUUGUCCAGCACGCGAACAGGCUCCUGACCAACUUUGAGCGAGGAAAACGGUCAAAGACCGAUGUACCGAAUCUUGGACAUCUUCUUGUCGCUCUGCUCAUUAGCGAUGUCAAUAUCACGCCCGAGUUGAUGAAAGCCAUAGUCACAGAGGCCGUUACUCGUAACGUUGUGUGGCUACUGAAGGACCACCCUGAGCUUGCGUACAAGGAGCCAGACGCUGUGUCCGCACACCGUCUUGAUACCAGCUUCAGAGCUUCUCGCACCUCUUACAGGCUUCUCAUGUUCUCAGAGCUGUUCCGGCGUACCGCUCGACCAAACAACAUCCCGCUCACCGAAGUCCGUGAGCAGCUGUUCAAUAGACAUGGCGGCCCUCCACCCGGGGCUGCAAGCCAUGUUGCAGCCGAGGUUCGUCGGCUUCACAGUGUGAACGACUUCACGCAGUUCAUGCGCGAGAUGGGAUUCCCCGCGGUCCCGUCAGCCGUCAGCUUCACAUCCUUUCUUCGACGCACUCUGGAUGAGAGUGUCGAGAAGGGGUACUCUCGAUGGACAAUCAAUCAGGCUCACGCAUUGGCACUCCGACUUUCGUGGGAACCAAGCGUGGGCAUUCCUCCUGAGCUCCAGUCCACAGUGGCGCAAUGGAGCAGUACCGGAGAGCUGCUCCUACCUCGCGUGAACAUGAACCGCGUCAAUUUCUUCCCUCAAAGCUCCCGAAAUGGUGCAAAGAGUGGAAAACACAAUGGGCACAGCGGCGGACGGAGGCGCAGAUAA